UCUGGGCCUGGGAGUGCUCGGGUUGUUUGGGCUCUGCUGCCGCGGGUCCGUUCCUCGCCUGGAUCUGGCUUCCGGCUUCCAGCUCCCUUCCCCUGGGGUUGAGCGUGCACCGCUGAACCAGCUAACCGCAGGGCAGAGCAGCACUGGCUUCGAAAACCUCCCUCUUUUCUUCAACAACGGGCUUUUCUUCCCACUCCAGGGGCUCUUCCUGGAUUGGCCUCUCGCUGCAGAUUGCUACCAGCUGCCAAGGCCGGCUUUUCUAAUUAUACCUGCACCCUGCCAAAGGCUCUCCACGGUCAGGUGACAUUUUCCAUACGAGCAUUUCCCAGCUCCGAGGAGCCCCUCAGCCUCUUGUGACAGUGGCAAAGGGCUCUGCCCGGGGUCUCUUGGGCCUUUCCACUCACAGCCCGGUAAGUGGAGGCUGCAUGCACAGCUGGCUAGGGUGUCAGCGUCUGCUGCUCAAUGCACAUCUUAGCUACCAGUCUCCAGCCCCUCCCAAGCAUCGGAGAGCUGGGGAUGUUCCCGUCCACAUAGCAGCUUUGCUACACUCCCCAUCUGGGAUCAUCAGCAGGGUUUGAACCUGGGACUUUCCACCAGGAAGCACAGCAUCUACUACCACCUGAGCCAUCGGGGUAACUCCAUUAAAAUGUAGCAGUAGUAGGCUUUUGUCCUCCAAGUGGCUCCCUGUGAGCGAGGACGUGGCCCGUACUUUACAAACACGGUACGCCAACACAUGGACUUUUUCAAUUAUCCUGCUUUUCGACUUGAAUAAUUUGGUGCAGGGGGAAGGUGCCUGAUUCUCGGGAGUCUGAUGUCCCCAAGCCCUGGGCAGCCACAGGCCGAGCUUUCGCCGCGCGCUGCCCCCUGCCAGCGUUCACCCUGUGUGGGUGAGAGAGGAGUGCAGCCUCCAUUCACCCCUUAGCGCCUGUGCUCCCCAGUCAGUACCAGCUGGGCUGUAGUUUAUCUGUGAUAUGAAACUGGGCGGAGACCCCAACAGCUCAUUGCACCCAACAGUCACCAGUUGGGAACAAUGGAUAGGCGUGAGUGCCCUUAGCCUGAUGUGAAAGGCCUUUCAGUCUGAUCCCAAUCCCUGAGCCCCUCAGCCCCUCACUAUUUGCAUUCAAACAAAUGAUGUGGUGAACGCUUCCUCCUGCCAUGGACCCACCGGACCUGCGUCCACACUCAGAUCACCCAGGCCAUUGCAGGGAGCUGCACUUGUUACCUGGCCUCCUGUGCCCUCCUGGCAGCCCAGCGUGGGACAGACCUUCUCCUGUGCGUCACCACGCUCCUUGGGAACCCCGCCCGGUGCCUUCGUGACAGCCCAGGAUGGCCACGCCCUGGUUGCUGCUGAUGUCUGUCUGGCUCCCGCUGAGCCUUCUCUCCGCAUGCCAAGCUGAGGAGGCCCGUCCGUCUGGGUGCGGCACGGACCUGCCCUCGCUGUACUAUAACCUCUGCGACCUGUCGGCGGCUUGGGGCAUCGUGCUGGAGGCGGUGGCCAGCUUUGGGGCAGUGACCAGCUUCGUGCUCACCAUCAUCCUGGUGGCCAGCCUGCCCUUUGUGCAGGACCCCAGGAAGAAGAGCCUGGUGGGGACUCAGGCGUUCUUCCUCCUGGGCACGUUUGGCCUCUUCUGCCUGACCUUCGACUUCAUCGUCAAGCAGGACUUCUCCACCUGCGCCUCGCGGCGCUUCCUUUUCGGGGUCCUCUUCGGGAUCUGCUUCUCCUGUCUGGUGGCCCAUGCCCUCACCCUCAACUUCCUGGCCAGGAGGAACCAUGGGCUGCAGGGCUGGGUGACCUUCGGCGUGGCCCUGCUGCUGGCCCUGGUGGAGGUGAUCAUCAACGCCGAGUGGUUGCUCAUCACCCUGGUGAGGAGCAGUGGCCUCUCCCAGGACCGCUGCGCCGUGGCCAACGAGGACUUUGUCAUGGCGCUCAUCUUCGUCAUGUUCCUCCUGCUGGCCGCCUUCGCCACCGCCUGGCCCGCCCUCUGCGGCCGCUACAAGCACUGGAGGAAGCACAUUGUCUUCAUCCUCCUCACCACCUUCCUGUCUAUGACCAUCUGGGUGGUCUGGAUCAUCAUGUACCUCUACGGGAACCGGCAGAGGGGGGGCCAGGCCUGGGACGACCCCACGCUGGCCAUCGCUCUGGUGGCCAACGCCUGCGUCUUCGUCUUCUUCUACAUCAUCCCUGAGGUCUCCCACGUGACGCGGCUGGGUCCAGAGCAGGCCUACGAGGACAACAUGUACCCGACCAGGGGCGUGGGCUACGAGACCAUCUUGAAGGAGCAGAAGUCCCAGAGCAUGUUUGUGGAGAACAAGGCCUUCUCAAUGGAUGAACCAUCCUCAGCCAAGAAACCGGUGUCGCCUUAUAGCGGGUACAACGGUCAGCUGGUGACGAGCGUGUUCCAGCCCACGGAGAUGGCUCUGAUGCACAAAGGGCCCUCCGAAGGCACCUACGACAUCUUUCUCCCCCGGGCCACCGCCAACAGCCAGGUGAUCAGCAGUGCCAACUCCACCCUGCGCGCAGAGGAUGCCUACGCGGCACAGAGCUGGCACGCAGCAGCCCAGAAGGAUGGCAAGGGCGUCCAGGCUCCCUCUCCAUACAGCAAGAGCAAAUGGUAGAGAUGCACGCCCUGGCUCCUGCAGCUCUAGAAAUCACCGGCGAUCCCCUUCCUCCAAAGAGGGAGCCUGUCUCCUUCCCCACCCAUGGACAGUCAAGCCAAGGCCAACAAUGGGAACUGAUCCUGGAGCCUCCAGCCAGGCCGGGUCUAAGCCCAGAAGAGGAGAGAAAAUCCAGCUCCUUCCCCACCCAGCCGUCCCCCGAGGGAACCCAGAGACUCUGCUAAACACUGGCUUGGCCCUCACCCCUGCUAUGCUAUUGAUUCUCCUGCUGGGGAGGCUGGACUACACAGGCUGCCUAUGGGCUGGGGUGCUCCAGGGGCUGCUGAGGUUGGGUCCAAAUGUGGGAACGGCCCUUCCUGUAAAUCCACCGGGGUCCCCCUUGGCAGUGGUCACCCUCCUGGCAGCGCCUCGUCCCCGUGGGAAUCACCUCUCAGCUGCAUGGGCCACGUUAGCUUUGCUGCAGCGCCCACUCUACCCGCUGGCUCCGUCGAUUCACUCCCUGUCCCCUCCUGAAGCCCCAGGACAAUCUGCCACUCGGUGUCCGGAUACAGGAGAACCACCCACAAGUCGCCGCGGCCGGAGGGCGGCUGCAAGCUUCGAAGGCAGUAGCUUCACGUGGGAGACGGGCGAGCACCUCUGUCUGAUGGAGCCUCCGCUUGCAGAGAGCCGAGCUGAGCAGGUCUCGGCUGGGACCUGCCUUGGACAGAGCCACACAGAUCUCCCCGGCUGUUGCCCUUGGUGUGGGGCCCUCCAGGGGCUGCGUGGCGUUCCCUGCUCUGGAGCCACGCCCAUUCAGCCCGGCAUGGAAGAAGCUGGGUCCCAGGGCUGGCGUCCUCCACAGGCCCUGCCCUGGGGUCCAUCCUUCCUGUUGCAAAGCCCAUGUGGUAUCUUCCCCACCACGUCUUGGUGCAGGUUCUGGCUGGGUCCCCGCCUGGCUCUGAGAGGCGUUCUCUCGGGAAGCCCCCCAGCUGACAUGGGAGACCACGUGGUGCUUUCUCCUGGGCAUCUCUGUCCUGGGUUUGGAGAGUGAGGUGCAUAGAGGUGUUUGCUCACGGACCUGCUGUAUGGGAACUGUCAGUAAAGGCUGACCCCUCUGCAGCAACUGCUGUCUGUUCCCCUGCCCCAGCCGGGGCUCGGAGUGGGGGGUCUCCCCAGCCAGGUGCAGAGUGGGGCCAGCGGCAGGACCCAUGGAAUGGCAGCAAGUGCCCCAUGCACAUGUGCGGUGACUCUGGGGACAGCUGCUGCAGCUGGGUGUGUGCUGUGUGGGGAGGUGGCGGCAGUCUCCCGUGGGGGUGGGGGAGCCCCCGAGUGGGCUGCCACCAGUGUGAAUGUGCAGAUGGAGCAGAACUGGGGUUGGGGUCCUGUCCCCCUCCCACCCUGUGAGCGCCCUGCGCCGCCAGCCAGCUGCUCUGAGACCUGCUGUGGCCUCCCAGGGCUUCCUCUUGACUUCAGCCAUCCCGGGAUCCCUUCCCUCCUCCACCAUAGCGUGGAGCUGUGGGGCUGGGGUCAGAAUGCAGGCUGGGGAGCCAGCAGCACCACAGGUCUCACCCCAGCCCUGACUCCUGCUGUGCCUCAGUUUCCCCCAUCCGCCAAGUGGGGAUGACGGCACAGAUCCUCUUCCCAUGCCGCUGGCUGCGGAGAGGGCAAGUGAUCUCCUGGCGCAGAGUGAGAUCAGAGGCAAGAAACAGGCCGUGGUGUGGGGGGAGGAGGAGACUGAGUGGGGAAAGACAGAGAUCCAGCAGCUGCCCCUCCCCCCUCUGAACAACCCUCUGGCCUCUUCUCCGGCCUCUUCUCCAGCCUCUGAGAGCGACGCACUCAGGGCCUUCCUUCAGGGACUAUGAGAUCAUUUGGUUUUUUAAACUAUCCCACAAGCAAAUAUAUUGGAUGACGUGGGCGUGGCCAGUCCCUCGACCAUCUUUGGGCUCUGACAUGCAAAGGGCCAGAUUCUGCUCUCAUUCGCCCCGGCGUCCAGGGGGAGCAAGUCCACAUUGGUGUCAGCAGGGGCGUUCCGGGAUCACCCCAGUGCCGCCGAGAAGAGGGAUCAGCCUCCCCCGGGGCUGGGUAUGGAGCACUGGGCUCAGCUGCACCCAGAGCCACGGUGGGGUGCAGGGGCACAGGGGGGCGCUCAUGCUGGAGCCAGCGAGCUGUUGACUCAGAUGUUGUUCCCCCUCCCCCAGCGCAGAACUGUCCCUUUUUCUUUUCAGGUGACUUUUGGCUUUUUUUCGGUCAUUGUGUGUGCAGAAUAAAGCUGAUUUUCCCUACCCGG